UGUCGAGCCACUUGGCACCCCUGCUCAUGUGAUAAACAAAAAUAAAUAGCAUUUUCCAUUCGGAUUCAAACUGUCGUUCCGACUAUUUGUUUUGCAAGCGAAGCAAUUGUUUGUGAAAAUGGAGACUCAUUUCUCUAGCUGUGUCGCCGGUAGAAACAUUACACCAACAGGUCCCAACAUCUGUCGGAUUUGUCUCCAGAAUGGGGACCCUGUUGGAAGCGAUGGAGAUAAUACUAAAGAAAUGGAAUCGAUCUUGACCACGAUCGGUGAAUAUCAAGAUAGAAGUUUGUACAGCAUCAUGACGACUAUAUGUUCUCCUCUCGGAUAUAAUGAGAUGUCGGAAGACAUGCCGGAUAGAAUUUGCCGUAGCUGCAAAUGGCGCUUGCUAUCCGCAUAUGAACUGUACGACAUUUGUCUGCGCAGCGACGAGAAAAUACGGGGGAUGAUGAUGUCGAAAAAAGAGCUACCAUCACAGCAGGAUACAUACCAAAUUUCUGUUAUAGAAGAAAUGAUAGAUCCCGUUGAUCAGGAUUAUAAUCACGAUGACACCGGUGGAUUGGAGAAUUCAUCGUACGUGAUCGGGGUUGAUUAUUGCCCGAUAACAGAAAGUGCUCAGGUUAGCGACAACCCAGCCGAUCAGCUAGAGGAAGUGCAAAUGAUUGUAGAUCCGAAUGAAUCUUUUUUUGAGGCAAAUUACCAAUUUGGUGUUAACGGAAAGCAUUGUUGUCUUAUAUGUGGUCAACAGUUCAUCAACAAAAGCCAGUGUCGUUCCCAUAUUAUUGUCAAGCAUGAUCCCACGAGGCGUUUUAAAUGUGACGUUUGCCACUAUACACUAGCGUCGAAACUACAAUUGAAUCGUCACAAAGCAAAGACCCAUGGCCAGGAGGAAAUACUUGAUCCAGCAAUCAUGGAGAAAACGGGAAACACCUCGAUAGAUCGCUUCAAACGUCAUAGAAAUGCUCAUGUUGUGUACAAUAGACCGUUUAAAUGCAACAUCUGUUUGGAUCGCUUCCCGAAUCGUGCUCAGCUGAACCAGCAUGUUAAGGUACACCAAAAGAAACCGGCUGAUGCGGAUGGAGGCAACGAGCAAAACGAAUUGAAGUGUGAUUAUUGCGAUGAGAAACUGUUUGGCAAACAUAACCUUAUAGACCACGUUCGUCGAUCCCAUUGGCAGGAGCCGCAGAAUGAGGCAAAGAAGAUAAACGGCUAUUGAAAUUUGUUCAACAGAUCUCCGAAAUCAACCUUAAAUCCACCAUAUUUCGCGUAGUUAAGACUUUUGAAAGAAUAAACGAUUCUG